UACGUCAAAACAGAAAUUUCGCCAAAACUUGAAUAGAACGUUGCGACAAUUAUUAUUACAGUUAAACAAAUUGUUAUCCAAAACUACAUGAGCAAUGGGUAGUAACCAAGAUUGGAACAAGGAAGACUCCAAAACUGAGGUCCCACCUGAGGAAGAUGACCAAGUGACAGCAUACAUUGAGAAAUCAGUGGCCCAAUUGGGCUCCGAAAAUGAUCACCGUACCGCGCUGGUCGAUGAAAAGAAGAAGGAGUUGGAUGUCCUGAUUGCCGAGAAGUACACCACUUUGAACGACUUAACCCAUGUCACCAAUUCCCAGAAUCUUGUGGACGACAUCCACUUUCUGCAUACGAAGAACGCCAAGAUCCUGGAGAGCCUCAAUCAGGCGGUCACCGCCAAGAGAAACGUCUCCCAGGCCUACGAUGACCAUUGCAAGAAGGCGCUCAAGGUCAAGGCCGAGAUGCAGGAGCAGACGAAAUGCUUCGAUGAGUUCACCGUGAUGAACUACCACGAUCUAAAGAAGACCAUACUUAACACCAAGAAAGAAACGCAAGAAAUUCGCGCUAAGACGGCUUUAAAGACCGAGGAGCUCAAAAAGAAGCGAGAAUUUGUUAACACCACCCAAAAGUCAAUGGCUAAUGAUAUCCGUGUUCUAGGCCAGAUCGAACAUGACCUCAUUGGGAUAAUCGAAGACUUAAAAUCCAAAAUUUCUGCAAUUUAAGUACAGGAAAACAAAUAACACUUGAACAAUCGCCAAAGGUGCAUUGGAAAAUACGGUCGUACCUCAUCUUCCAAAAAAUAAUCCUUAAUAUUGCUGCGUUUUCCAAAUAAUUUGACAAAUAAAGUACUUUUUAUUCUGU